UUCUUACGGUUUUCGAUUUGCCAGCUGGUUGGGUUGCCUCGCAAAGUUACGCUUCCACGAAAUCAUAUUUUUUUUCGGCAAAGUUUCGAAGAGCUAAUAAGAGCAGCACAUCUGGAGGAGAGCACUCCUGGCCCAUAUUAGACAUCAAAGACGGCAACAACGGCGGCCAGAAUUUUCUCACGUUUGGAUAGUGUCGAGGAGGUGCAACGCGGUCGCAGUGGCAGCGCUGUGGGAAUAACGCCGCCGGGCGGACCAGGAGCGUUAUCUGCCGGUGUGGGAUCAGGAUCGGGAGCGGGUACGGUGGCAGCGGCAGUGGUGGCAACGGGUUCACCGGCCAGGAGUGGCCAGCAGCAGUACGUCGGUGGAGGAGGCGUGGCGGGUUCGACUGCUGUGGGCGUGGCAGGUGCAGGAGGCGUGGCAGCGGUACGACAACGUAGCGCCAGCACGGUGCUCGACAUCAAUUUGCCGCAGCGCAAAGUGUCCGUUGGCGGUGGCUUGGCCGGACCACCAUCUCCAGUUAUUCGGAAUGGUUUCAGUGUCUAUGAUCCGCCGCAAUCAUUGAUUUCCAGCCGGCACUCCAACUUUAAUGGCCAGGGUGUGGGUGGGGGCGGCACAGCAGGUGCAAUAGCAGCCGGUGGCACAGCAACCGGCGUGGGUAUAGCGACCACUAAUCGCGGACGACUGUCCAUCAGUGCAGCAUCGGGUGGACCACUCAUCGGAUCAUCAUCACAGCUAACAGGUGGAGCUGGUGCAGCUGGUGCGGGAUUAAGUGCAACGACAGGUGGUGCUAGUGCAGUUUCGGGCUCCACCCUCGGGGAACCAACGGGCGGAAGUGGAUCGGCGCCCACCAUUGGCGGCACCGCUCCCAUCCAGCCAGGACCCAAGCGACAGGGUAGCUUCUCGAAUGUCUUCUCAAAGCUAAUCGAUGGUAUGCCCGCCGGCACAAUGUUUGCCAAAUUCAAGAGCACCAAUGUGGCCGCCUCCACAGCCACUCAAGCAGUCGCCGAUGGCAAUCCCAUUACGCAGUACUUUGAAAUCGGCAAGCCGGUGGCCUGUGCCGGCCCAGAAUUGGUGUGGCGCAUCCAUGAUGCGUACCGCAAGAGCGACAACAAGGAAUGUUCGGUGUUUAUAUUCGAGAAGAAAAUUGCGGAGAAGCUGCACAAGCCGCGUCGCAAGGAGACCAUAACGGAGCUGCUAAAGAGUUCGGUGAAGACACUGGAGCGCUUCCGCCAUCCGCGGAUACUACAAAUCUAUCACACGGUCGAGGAAAGUGCGGAUACGCUGGCCUUCGCCUCGGAGCCCAUCUUCGCCAGCCUCUCGAAUGUCCUGGCCUUUCACGAGUCGAAAACGUAUGAGGCGACCAAUGUGGCGCCGGCGGCGGGUGGAGCAGCUGCGUCCCAGGCGCAGGCGGCGGCGAACACCUUGCCCCAGCGACCGGCCCAUGCCAAGGAAUACAAUUUCUUGGACAUGGAGCUGAAGUACGGCUUUCUCCAGCUGACCGAGGCACUGGCGUAUCUGCACUAUUCCGGUCACGUAAUUCAUCGCAAUGUGUGUCCAUCUUCUAUACUAAUAACCAAGCGCGGUAUCUGGAAACUGGCCGGCAUGGAAUAUGUGGAGAGAAUGAAUGAGAACGAUUUGAACAGCUCCAUUCCGUGUCCGCCAUGGAGCAAUCGGGUGUCCAAGAUGGCCCAGCCGAAUCUUGACUUUAUGGCUCCCGAAACUCAGUCAACGUCCAAGUGCAGCUUGCUCAGCGACAUGUUCUCGCUGGGAAUGGUGAUCUGUGCGGUCUUCAAUAACGGAAGGCCACUGAUUCAGGCCGGUAACUCCACCUCCAACUAUGCCAAGCAAAUGGAAACGCUGGAUGAUCUGGUCCACAAGUUGAUGCCCAGACUGCCAAUUGCCCUGCAGGAGGCCACUUCGCGCAUGGCCAGUCGGGAUGCAACCGCCAGGCCCACCGCCCAACUGCUGCAGCUCAUCAAGUACUUCAUCGAUACGCCCAUAAACGCUUUGAAAUUCCUGGACGUGGUCAACAUGAAGGACACGCAGCAGAAGUCCCAAUUCUACAAGACCACCUUGAUCGAGGCCAUGCCGAUGAUACCACGUAAACUCUGGUGGCAGAACAUCUGGCCCAUGCUCAAGUCCGAGAUCAACAAUAACGAGGUCCUUGCCGCAGUUCUGCAGCCGGUCAUGCUAUUUGUCCAGGAAGCCACGCUUACGGAAUACGACACCCUUAUGUCGGCCACCAUGAAAGUCAUCUACAAUACACCGAAAUCCAUUCAGGCCAGCGUUACAAUACUUGAGAAUUUGCAUUUGAUUAUCGAGAAGACGAAACCGGAGGAUGUCACCACAGAUAUAAUGCCCAUGUUGUUCUACUCCUUCGACGGAUCCACGAUACAAGUGCAGAGCGCCGCCGUGGUAGCCGUGGCCAAUGUGUUUGAUAGCAUCGAUGAGCUCUCCAUUCGCCGCAUGGUGCUGCCCAAGGUGAAGCAGGUGUUCGAGAAGAACAUAACCGAUCCGAAGAUUGUGCAGAACGUGCUGAUGUGCAUCGAACGGGUCAUGGACCGCAUGGAGCGGGCACAGGUCAUGGAUGAGGUUCUGCCGCUGCUGGCGAACAUUCGCAUUCCCGAUCCCGAUAUUAUCAUGCGUACUGUGCGCAUCUACCAUAAACUGUUUGUGGACAAAACCUACGGACUGACCGUGGAGACGAUGGCCACCAAUGUGCUGCCCCUGCUCAUUCCGCACACGGUGAAUCCUUCACUUAAUUUCGAGCAAUAUUGCUACCUGCUGGAGGUGCUGCAGCAAAUGCUAGAGGCCAUCGAUCGGCAGCAGAGGAACAAGUUGAAGCUGGACAACCUGUCGAUGGCCUCGCCGGAACGCCACCGCACCCUACGUCAUCAGUUCUCCACGGACAACAUGAAUGCGCCACCCUUCAAUAUUCCCAACUUGCGUAUUGAUCAACGCAAGACGUCCAGUGCCGAGGACAUGGCCCGCAAAAAUUCUGGCGGCUCCGGCAUGUUGGGCGGCUGGUGGUUCGGCUGCUCUCCAUCGUCGCCUGACAGCAAUUUCCUGCGCGUGGGCAACGUUUUCCCCAACCGGCGACUAUCGGACAACACGCUGAUGACCCCCAAGAUCCGGAUAGCUCCGUCGUGCGCCUCCUCGCCGGGCGGUACACCUGGCAGCGGGCUGCCUACGCGACGUCACUCGAGCAUUGGGCCGCAGGAGCGGCGGGGAUCCACCAUCAAUUUGUCACCGCCAACUUACGGUGCCCGCGGUAGCUCUGGAUCGAGUCUAUCGGUGCCAUCCACUUCGGUCUAUGUUAAAUCUCCUUUAUUGUACUCCCAAAAACAGGGUGGCUCCAUGCCGAACACAUCCAGCAGUGUGCCAUUCCUGCUAUCAUCCAGCAUGCAGUCGAUAAGGUCACGCCGCCAGUCCACCGUCCUGUCAUCGGGUCCACUCGGUUCCGGAUCGGGUCUACUGCAGCAGCUGGGAUCCGGAAUGUAUCAACUAUUCUCCGGACGUAACUAAAGAUACAGAAACGCAAUCAGAUAAAUACAUUCAAAAGAAUCCAAUUACUUUUUAAUGCAAUUUCGGUCCAUUUAUGAAACACCAGUAAUCAACUUAUAUUAGCGGUAUAAAUACAUUAUAUGAAAUUAUGCAAAAUUGUAAACGUAUACCAAGCGCAAGAAGCAUAACUAAGUAUUUUCAGUCGAAUCUCUAAAUGUUGUUAGCCAAUCAAAUUUGAUGUGACCAAAACAACAUAUUCAAAACCCAAAUUAAUUGUAAUUUAAUCUAAAAACCAAAGUGUCAAACACAAUCCAACACAAUCAACACAAGAACACGAACCAUUUAAAAACCAAUGAAACACUAUGCAGAAUGCAAUCAAUUCCUAGAAAUCCUAACUAUUCUCGAAUAUAUAUUUAUUGUGAAUGUUUACGCUAGGCAAAAAAUAAAAAAAAAAUACAAAAAUAUGUCAAAUAUAUACCUCUAUGUGUCAUUGAACUCGCCUAUAUCAUCAUAGUUUAUCAUAUAUAUAUAGUUUAAACCAUAUCACACUGCAAAAGAUACAGAAGCAAACAUAUAUUGCCUAUUUAUUUUGCAAACAUCGAUGAUAAAUAUAUGCAAUCAACUAAGAGAGAAUCGUGUACCUACAUACAACGUACCUAGCACCAUAGAAACCAAACUUAUCACAGAGCUUUACAGCAAUCGCAAUCAAAAAAAAAAAAAAAACAAACAAAAAAGUAAUCAAUAUGAAUAACCACGAAUACGAAAGGAACGUUUAUUUUUUGGCCAAGAACCUCGAGUGAUCCCGCCUGCGCUUUAUAGUGAUGAAUCCCACAUAAAUCUAUGUAUAUUCUAUACCCAUCAUUCAAUUCAUUCAAUAUAUACACACUAUGAUCAAACGUAAUAGAUAGCUCCAAAAAAACACCCAAAACUACUACUAAGGUGAAUAUACACGAAUCCAAUCCAAGGUCCACCGAUCCGAAAUAGAACCAGAGCCAGUAAUUACUGAAGCCGCUGUACCCGAAGGCAAUCUCAAACUCAAUCUCAGUCUCACAUUUAUAGUCAAUUUGUAUAGUUGGGCAGCUAUAUGCGUAAAAGUGUGGUAAUUGGUAAUGGUAAACUCUUGAAACUUUAUACAUAUAGUGAAGACUCACCAGUGUCAUAGAUGUAUUCAUUACGUAAACGGCAAUUAAAGCGAUUAUUAUCAUUAUUGUUGUGCUAUGUUUAGCGGAGUAGAAGUGAAACCCGAAAAAAAAUAUGAAUUUAUAUAUGUAUACAAAACGCAGCAGCAGCAGCAGGACGAACUCUAUCUAGGACACAUUAAAAACCACUCUACUUUAUAUACACAUACUCGAAUGAUAUGAAUAAAAGUAUGAAUUACACGAACGGGAACGGGACAAUCAAAAUUCAAGCGACACUAAAACUAAUUCUAUAUCAACUAUCAACUAACAAACAAUUGCAAUUUUAAGUUACGUUGUUGUCGUUCGUUGUGUUUGUUCGAUUCGUUGGAUCUGCGUUUGGUUAAUGCCAGCUAAUUUGAUCCUGAAACUCCAGCAUAUCCUUGCCAUGCACCUGAAAUUGCUUUGCAUUUUGUUCGGUCCGAAUUUGUUGUUUAUUUAUUUCACCUUAGACAAGCAUAUCGAUAUGGUUUACUAGCGUUUAAUCGUACGUAUAUAUAAUUAGAUUUACUUAAUUUUAAUUAAUGUUUACGCGACAAGACAGAAACCUAAACACAAGAAACAAAAAAAAAAAUUUAAAAAUGAAAAAAUUAAAAACAAAAUCUAAAUCAAAGAAAAAGGGGAAAACCAAAAGCUCAAACUGGACUGAACAUUUAAGAGUUAUAUUAUGUACAUUAUUGAAUUGCAUUUGAUUGUGUGAAGAUCGUUUUAGUGCUAGUAACUGCGCCUAAAACAAAAGGGUAUUAUAUUUGUAUUCGAAUUUGUAUGUAAUUCUGAUCGUAUGUACGUUAUGUUAUCGUAAGUGUACCAUCCUAGAUCCUCUAAUGAAUUGAAUUGAAAUGAAGCCAACUCUGUCUCUUGUGAUUCUAUUGUGAUGCUAUGGGAGUCAAGCAGCACUCAACUGUUUUUAUGCCUCUUAAAGUUUAAAACAAAGCUAAUCGUAGCAAAACCUAAAACUAAACUACCUAUCUCUACACUAGUCUAUGCAAUGCUAAUUGGCAGCCCCAACAAUUGAAAACAAUCAUGCACAAUAAAUGUUAUGCAAUUGAGAGAAUCCAAAGGCCAAAGACCCACAACUUUUUCUUACACUACUCGAAGUAAUUGUGUACAACUAAAGGAAUUCUAGAUUUUAAAUGUGCUAAAACUGUUUAUAGUCAAGUACUUAAUUAAGAGUGUAAUUAUCAAAUAUUAAUACGUACAAAGGUUGGGGCAUUUGGCAUAGUAAU